AUGAAAACCAGCGAGUUCUUUUCUAAUACCUUUUCUUAUAAAGAAGCUUCAUUUAGUAGCUCUCACUAUAUUUCGGCUGACGAGCUACUGCAUGGUCAUGAAUAUUAUCUAACUUUAUCACUGCAGUGAAUCGCACUCAACAAUGGUUUCAAUCUAAAUCCAAAUUUUAUUAAAAGUUUACUAUACUUUACUAGAUAAAUUAGAUAUAAAUUUAAUAUACUGCAUAAAAAAUUAUAAUUCAAUAAAUCUAAGUAUACUAGAAAUCUGCAGCACUUUUAACCAGAAAAUUAUGAUCCCUGAAUUCUCAAUCGAUUUCCCAAUCGAAGACUUCGAUGAUCAUCUCAGAAUAAAUUUUCAAAAUAUUCAUUUUGAUUUCCCCAAAAGGAAUUGCAUAAUGCUUCCGAUCAUCAGCACCACUUGUGAAGAGCUAUCAAAAUAUUUUAGUAGAAUAAUCUUAGAAAGAUUCUACCAAGAAUUUAAAAGCAAUCUAAGAAUUGACAAUUUGAGGGUAACAGUGGCGGAACUCUAUCAACAACAAGAAGGCACAACGGGGAUUUGUAUUAAAUCUUGCAAUUAA